AAAAUAUGACGAUGCCUAAACAAACCAACCCUACAAUCUCCUUUAAUUGUUUAGGAAUUUGAACUCUCAAUUCUUCAAGUUCAGGCCAGCCAUGAGAAAACUUUCCCACCACUGCAUAAUCAAGUUCUUCAAUGGAAUUCAUACGUAAUACUUCAUCCUCUGUCCAAGUAACCACUUUCUUUCCAUCUUUUGUCACUACAGGCUUGAUCUCUAUGGGUUGAACAUCAACUUUGGUCGUGUGCAUGGACAAAUCCAGCGGCUGCAUGUUAACAAGAUUGGCAUACGUUAGGGUUUUGUCUAGGGUUUUACUCAUGUUCUCUACUAUAGAAGGAUUUGUAUUCGUGGAUGAGGGAUUUAAUGGAGGAAAUUGAGAUGAAGAAGCAAUAUCAUGACCAACCACCAGUGGUGGCUGGCCGCCGGCCACCAUCAUGACACUAGGGUUUACUCUCUAUUAGGGUUUUGCAUGGAGAGAGAAGAGAGAGCAUUUAUUUAAUUCAUUUUAAUGAAAUGAGAUCGAACAAAGUUUGGAAGGUUUUUCACGUUGAAGCUUCUACUACGACUAAAUUAUUUUCCAUUCUUAUAGUUUAUAACGAGUUGUUCACAAACAGAUUUUAAACACUCUUAGAACUACUGUUCCGGGUUAGAGAGGUUGGUGGUUCUAACCCACUUAAUCACCUCUUUUCUGUCGAAGAUUGAUGCACACAUGCAUUGUAAAAUACGCUUUAGCUCGCUUUCUCUAAGCGGUUAUUACUGUCAUCAAUUCUGACAUUUGGAGAAGAAGAUGGUAAAAAUGAUGGAAUUAAAAGGGAAUGGAGGAAGAAGGAGAUGGGUGUGGAGAGAGAAGAAGAUGUUCGGUACUUUGUAGCCAUUCCAGCAUUAGUCAGUCCAUCCACUCAAAAAAAGAAGUCCAUCCACUCACUCAAUUCCAAGUGAGGUUCACACUGUGCCAUUUCAGCGGGAGGUGUUUAGUUGGCAUUUUGAAUAUAGUUCGAGUGUCCAGUAGGUCACCUUCUCAGUUGAGGUGUCUAGAUGAAAAAUCUAGCUAAGUUUGAGGGGCUAUCUAUGUAUUUGACAUAAAUUGAUUCAAUGUAUUUGGUCUGAUAUCGUCAAAACUUCUAAUCUCUAUUGACAUUAAAUAGGAUUAUUCUCACUAAAAUAGGGGUGUAAUGCUUUUUCAAAGUUAAUUUGAUGAUUGCUAAUUGAUUUCUGCCUUUUACAGGAAGAAACUUGGGCUAGAGGUGUCAGAGACAUAAAACAGAGACAUAUGGCUUCUUUACUGACUGCAGUCGAGAAAAAUGUUGGCACGAAGUUGCAAGAGAAGGAUAUUGAGUUAGAGAACAUAAAUCGGAAGAACAGAGAACUAGUCGAACGGAUGAAGCAAGUUACAGCAGAGGCACAAAAUUGGUGUUACAGAGCUAAGUGUAACGAAUCUUUAGUGAUCACAUUAAGAACGAACCUUCAGCAAGCGAUGCAAUCUGCUGAACAAGGAAAAGAAGGGACCGGAGACAAUGAGCUAGAUGAUGCUGUGUCCUGCAUUGACCCGAACAAUUGGCUCAGCAUCCCUAGCGGUUCUGGUAAGUGUACAUCGACGAAAAAAGCCAUUAUCUGCAAGGUAUGCAAAUUGAAGGAGGUAUCCAUCUUAUUGAUGCCUUGUAGACACUUGUGUUUAUGUAAAGAUUGUGAAGGAUUAGUUAAUGUAUGUCCUAUCUGCCAGUUGAUGACAACUGCUAGUGUUGAGGUGUUCUUGUCUUGAAAUGUGAACAAAUUAACUCUCAAGGCAGAAGAAAUAAUCUCAUACAGCAUUGUGGAUUUACUUUCUCUAUUUACUGUACAGAAUCAAUUUCUUGAAAUUGGGGUUUAACUAUCACGGUUCUUCUUGAUUCUUAA